AUGUCACUUACAACACUCCCCGCCGAUGUGCAAAAAGUUAGCCAAGAGGGCACUGUAAAGCUCUUUGGAAAAUGGGAUUCCGAGGGUGUUGAGGUUAAGGACAUCUCCCUUACCGAUUACAUCAACGUUAACCACGCUGUCUACGUUCCCCACACUGCUGGCCGAUAUGCCAAGAAGCAAUUCGCCAAGGGACGAAUGCCCAUUGUUGAGCGACUUGUCAACGCCCUUAUGAUGAACGGUCGAAACAACGGUAAGAAGAUCAUGGCCGUUCGAAUUGUUCAACACGCUUUCGAAAUCAUUCACCUCGUCACCGAACAAAACCCCGUCCAAGUCUUGGUUGAUGCCGUCGUCAACACUGGACCUCGAGAAGAUUCUACUCGAAUUGGAUCUCAAGGUACCGUUCGAAGACAAGCCGUUGAUGUUUCACCCCUUCGAAGAGUCAACCAAGCUAUCUCUUUACUCACCACCGGUACUCGAGAAUCAGCUUUCAAGAACUCUAAAUCAGUCUCAGAAUGUCUCGCAGAUGAACUUGUCAACGCCGCUAAAGGUUCUUCCAACUCUUACGCCAUCAAGAAGAAGGAUGAACUUGAACGAGUAGCUAAAUCUAACCGAUAA